AUGCCUUGCCCCUGGUCUCGCCGCUGCAAUGCAGCAAGCGACAAUAGCAUUCGCCUUGCCGAUACUCUCCCCUCCCCAACCUCUGCCCCCGAUGUCGAGGACUGGAAGACCGUCCGACGCCAUCAUCUUCGUAAGAUGAGGAAGCAGGUCCGCAGCAUUGUUCUGUUCAUGGCAUUGAUGGAAGCUUUCCGUGUUGGUCCCAUUCAGUUGGUUUACGCUGGAAAGCAUGGUUAUCCCGAGGCUGGUCCAGAGGAUUUUGGCAUUGCCCAUACUGUCGGAUAUAUCUUCAGCUGGCUUUACGUCUGCGCCUUCAUGAUCGUCUGGGUGCCCCUCUUCAGCUGGUGGGUUCCUGAUACCAAAUCAACUCCUCAGGAGCCUUCAAAUCUCGAGAAGGUCUCCAAGGUUCUCAAGGAUUUUAACAUGAUCCUCCUUCCCUUCUGUGUCGGCGUCUCUCUUCUCGAACAUUUCUACUACACCGUCUGCGCCUUUAUCUACGUCGACUCCCGCAAGAUCGGGUCCAAGACAUCACCUGCCAACACCCGCAAGAACUGGAUGGUCCGACUUUUCUUCUUGAUUGGCAUUGCCAUCUCGACUUCAACUGGUUAUGGUGCAUUCCAGAUCCUUGCAACCAUGGACCUAGCACACGUCAAGCCAAUCGAGUAUGCGGUCGUUGUCAUUCCAUUCCAGGUCAACUUCGGUGUCUUCCUUGGAACUAUCAUGCAAUUCCGCAUGGAGAAGCGAAUUGCAAGAAAGGAAGCAAUGAAGCUUGCCGCUGUGAAAUACGAGCAGGCCACUGUUGAUGAGAAGCAAGCUCUACUCGAUGUGUAA